GAGCCGCUUGUUUCCCGCCCUCUUCACUGUAUCUUUUACAUUCUUUCGCACUAAGUAUCAAAGGUACUUUGAAUCCAGUUACGCUACACACCAGUGCGCUAUCAGCAUCUAUAUUGGGGAUUUAUUACGAGGUUAUCAGGACAUAUUUUUUAUUUUUAUGUUCCUCAAAAGCAGAAGGGAGGAAAGGAGCCCGUCACUUUGUUCCCGUCAUCAGUAACAUCAGUAAACAGCAGAAAUGGCAGAAGCCCAUCAGGCCGUGGCGUUUCAGUUCACCAUCACUCCUGAGGGGAUCGACCUGCAGCUGUCCCAUCAGGCCCUGAGACAGGUCUAUCUGUCAGGCCUCCGCUCCUGGAAGAAACGCGUCACACGCCUGAAGAACAAUGUGAUCACCGGCGUGUAUCCCGCUAGCCCGUCCUCAUGGCUGUUUGUCGUCAUAGCGAUCCUGGCCACCAUGUACACGCGCUCGGACCCUUCCAUGGGCCUCAUCGCUAAAAUCCAGGAACAUCUGCCUGUCAGUGAUUCCCUGAGCAUCCAGUGUCGGACGGUGGUUUCCGCCGUGUUGUUCAGCACUCUGCUCUGGUUCUCCCUGAUCUUCACCAUGAGGCUUUGCCUGAAGCAGUUACUGUCCUAUCACGGCUGGAUGUUUGAACAGCAUGGGAAGGUGUCUAACACCACAAAAAUCUGGGCGGCCAUGGUCCGGAUCUUCUCCGGCAGGCAGCCUCUGUUGUACAGCUACCAGGGCUCUCUGCCCAACCUGCCCGUUCCAACAGUGAAGGACACUGUUAACAGGUUCCUGGAGUCUGCGCGUCCGUUGAUGAGCGAUUCCGAAUUCGAGAGGAUCACGACUCUGGCCAAGGAGUUCGAGAGCAGUCUGGGGAACCGCCUGCAGUGGUACCUCAAGCUGAAAGCCAUGUGGGCCUCCAACUACGUCAGUGAUUGGUGGGAGGAGUAUAUCUACCUGAGGGGGCGUGGCCCAAUCAUGGUCAACAGCAACUACUAUGGAAUGGACUUCCUGUACGUGACGCCGACACCGAUUCAAGCGGCGAGAGCAGGAAACACGCUUCAUGCUUGUCUCUUGUACCGCAGGAAACUCAACAGAGAGGAAAUCAAACCUAGUCGUGUUCCAGGUUUGAAUAUUCCUUUGUGUGCCGCUCAGUGCGAGAGGAUUUUCAACACCACACGCAUUCCAGGAGAAGAGACAGAUUCUCUGACCCACUGGCAGGACAGUGAGUAUGUCGCGGUCUUCCACCGAGGCCGUUAUUUCCGCCUGUGGCUCUAUCAUGCUGGCCGUAUGCUGUCUCCCAGAGAGAUCGAGCUCCAGGUUCAGCGGAUCCUUGAUGACCCAUCAGCCCCGGCACCCGGAGAGGCCAAACUGGCAGCCCUGACGGCAGGGGACAGAAUCCCUUGGGCCCAGGCCAGGAAGGAGUUCUUUAGCUCCGGGGUGAAUAAGAGAUCUCUGGACUGCAUUGAGAAAGCUGCGUUCUUCGUGACCCUGGACGACGAUGAGCAAGGCAUGAUGGGAGAUGAUCCUGCGGGCAAUUUGGAUCGGUAUGCCAAGUCUCUUCUGCAUGGGAAGUGCUACGACAGGUGGUUUGAUAAGUCGUUCACAGUGGUGGUGUAUAAAAACGGAAAGAACGGACUCAACGCUGAACACUCCUGGGCGGACGCACCUAUAAUGGCUCAUGUGUGGGAGUAUGUGAUGACUACGGAUUGUUUCCAGUUGGGUUAUAAUGAAGAAGGUCACUGUAAAGGAGACGUGGCCUCCUCCCUGCCUCAACCAUCUAGACUAACCUGGGACAUACCUGUACAGUGUCAAGAGCGUGUGGAUCAGUCUCUCGCUGUGGCACAGGCCCUCGCCGACGACAUCGACUUUCACGUGUUCCCAAUACAAGAGUUUGGCAAGGGUGCCAUCAAAAAGUGUAAAAUCAGUCCAGAUGCCUUCAUUCAGAUUGCGCUUCAGUUGGCCUAUUAUAGGAAUCGAGGCACGUUCUCUCUGACCUACGAAGCGUCUAUGACCCGUUUGUUCCGCGAGGGCCGCACUGAGACGGUGCGUUCCUGCACCGCUGAGAGCUGCGCUUUCGUCAAAGCAGUAGAGGGUGGAGAGAGUAAGGAGGUGUGUCGACGUCUCUUCCGUACGGCGUCUGAGAAACACCAGCAUCUCUACAGGAUGGCUAUGACGGGAGGAGGAAUAGACCGACACCUGUUCUGCCUCUACAUCGUGUCCAAGUACCUGGGAGAGGAGUCACCCUUCCUCAAAGAGGUGCUUUCAGAAACGUGGCGUCUGUCCACCAGUCAGACUCCACUCCAGCAGGUGGAGCUGUUUGAUUUCGUGAACCACCCAGACUACACAACCUGCGGUGGAGGAUUUGGCCCGGUUGCAGAUGAUGGUUAUGGCGUGUCUUACAUCAUCAUCGGAGAAAACAUGAUCAACUUCCAUAUUUCCAGCAAACACUCCUGCCCUCAGACUGAUUCUCACAAGUUUGGAGCGUAUAUCAGGAAGGCCUUGGUGGAUCUCCUGGAGCUGAUGUCACCGGAGAAGCCCGACCUGUCCAAUGCUGAGCAGAACCACUCGAAGAACCCUCAAAGCAAGAAAGACCUGUAGAGGUAGAACAGAUUGCCUAUGACGGUCAAAGGAAGACAUGAGGCCAGUGUGUGUUUGUGUGUGUGUGUGUUAGUUUGAAUGCACGUUUGUUAUAACCUACAAAUAUGCAUUCAUACAUUCCAUGCUUGUUGUAAUCAAUGCCAUGAAGCCAUGAAUAACAUAACAAUGUAAAAAUGGUGGAAGCUGGUUCUUCAGAAAAACGUAUUAGUACAAAAUAGCAUUUAUGACAGAGGACUGAAGGCGAAAGGUAGUGUGGUAGCGGAAAACCUUUGUGUUUUCCAGUAGGCCAGUUUUUGAUAUUUAGAUUUAAAUGAGGUCCUCACUUUUAAUUGUAAUAAAGAAUCAAAAAUGAUUAGUGUACAUUAUCGCCAGAUGAUGGGAAUCUAAUGGUUAAUGAUCUGACCAGUAAGUAUAAUGGUUGUAGGUGUAUAACAAGUAAGGAUGACAUAUGAAGAGUAAUGCAUCACCUCUGUACCCUCUGAUGAAGGCACUUCACUGCUCUUACAGUACAGUAAAUCACAUUUAAUACAAACUCUCCAUCUGAGCAGGUUUAAGUCUCAGAAUAACGUGAUCGCGGAACAAAAUCCAGUGACGCUUUACUUGAAUUCCAGAGCAGAUGUAAAUUUACAAUUUCAGUGACCAAUGACUCAGAAUAUUACAUGUGACUGCAGUUUUAAUAUGAUUGUCCAAAUACAUUUAUAUGUUCAUUUCACUAUUAAGUCUAUUCAUUUUAACAGUUUUUUUCUUUUAAAUUAAAAGUAGUUUUUUAUAUAUAUACUGUAUAUACACAAGGUCAAUUUACAACUUAAUUAUUCACAAUGUAUUGAUUUGCGAAUGUCUAAUAGGUAUUAAAAGUGAUGCCAGAGGAGGAAACAUUUAUGCCACGGCGAAUUUCUGUUAAUGUCUCAGGUGUUUCGACUGCACAGUUAAACUUAAAAGGUGAAUCACGGCCAGUUAACUGUAGUUAGUUCACUUCCUGCUUCCUUAAAGGGACGGUUCACCCAAAAAUCCUGUCAUUAAUCACUCACACUUUUGUCGUUCCAUCAUCAAAACACAAAUAAAGAGAUUUUAAAUGAAAUUUGGGAGAUUUCUGUCCCUCCAUUGACAGCCACUCAACUACCAUGCUUUGCUCAAUUCAUAGGAAUUUCACAUGAAAUUUUUAGUUUAGUGCAAAGAGAUAUGAUCACUUUAUAUGAUGAACAGAUUGAGAUAGAGAAUGCUUUCCAUUUACUAAAUUAAAUCUGUUCAUUUUAUAAAGCGAUUGAGUCUCUUCAGAAAAUUCUGAGUAAACCUCUCAACUCAUGAUUUUACAAUCUCUUUAUGAACUUUGUGAAGCGUCGAAGAAAAUGGAGGGACAGAAAGAUCUCAGAUAUCAUGAAAAAGAUCUUCAAUUGUGUUCUGAGGAUGAAUUAAAGUAUUAUUGGAAUUAAAAUGAAUUUUAAUUUUUGGGUGAACUAUCUCUUUAAGAGACCUAGAUGCUAAUAAUAUAGUGCAAAAUCUGAUUUGAUAUUAAUUUUAAAAUGAUGUACUUGGAAUCCGUUUAUAUGGUUAACCAUAUUCUAAUGAACUAAUUCAAUUGCAAGAAUGCUUUCAAAGUUAAAUGUGGUCUUGAUGUAUUUAAUAAUAAACUCUUUAGAAACAUUCCGAUGUAACUUUGUGUUAUGAAAAAGUGAUGAAAAAACAACAGAAAUUGAUUUAAUCUGUUAUUAUAAUACGCACUAAUAGACAAAUUAGAGUUAGAAUGUGAUGCAGGACAUAGUACCGUAAUCACACUACUAUAACUCAUAUGAUUAGACAAUUCAUACAACACCAAAAAGUGUUUUUGCAAAGGAUUUGAAGGUGGUGACUGGUUUCACAGGUAAAUGAAUGAGAUAUGCUUAUCAAUAUCAAACAUUUACAAUCAACAUACAGGCUGUGUUUCAAUAUCCGUUGUUGCCGUAAGCCCUUUGCUACACUUAGCCGGACUGAGAGCAAGGGCUUGUCGACUUCCUCUGAGUUUUCAGUUUUCUCUUUGCAGUCUGUUGGCAGCUGUACUUUUUAUUAUCUCUGUUACACCCUCAUACUCGGCAGAUAUAAAGUUGCCUUUUGAGUGCACGAGAUCUCGUUUGCACAACUCCUGGAUAUUGUCAUUUUGCAAAUAUUGAUAUAGUUCAAAAAGGCCUGUAUCUUCUCUUCUCUCUAACACUGCUUACACUGUAUAUCUCACUAGAAUUUAAACCUUAAUGAAGGAUUUUAUAAAUGUGGUUGUUCUAUUAUUAUUGUCACUAUUGUCACUAUUGUAAUAAUUAACUUGAAACUGAAAACAGUAGCAAUGCAAGUGUUUGUGUAGUGCUGAUAUUAAUGUGGAGCGGCAGUGUUUUACCUCAUCUGUCUUAUGAAUGUUGAAUCAUCAGCGAUCGAUCUCUCCUCUGUCCUCUUUGGGCUCAGACUAUCUGUAAACCGCAGAGCUUUACACUUUCUCUCUUACUCUGGAAAUCUGUCUUUCCUUUUUGUAUGUGAAUGGAAAGGAAGAGACAACAUGUCACUUUUUUUAAUUAAAAUUGUUCAAGCACA